AUGUCAGGAGACCUCAAACUGGAUGACUUCAAGACCUCGGUCAGAGAAUUGAGUAUGGAUAACAAAUCGUAUACGGGGUCUUCGUCGACAGUUUCGCCUCUGUUGACCAGACCGGCUGGAGCAAAGGUUUUUACGUCGAGAGUGUUUGAUAGUUUUCGAAGUGGCCCAUCUAGACCGAAUGUAUUGCCAGCGAAACCGUCCGUCGAACAUGGAAGGAGAUAUUACGACAAUGAGACCGCUAUUUUCAACACCGCUAAUUCGCCUCUAAAUCGCACUCUAAAGGGGAGGCAUCUUCAGAUGAUAGCAAUUGGAGGUUCAAUAGGAACUGGAUUAUUUAUCGGCACUGGUCAAGCACUUGCACAAGGUGGCCCGGCGUCACUUCUAAUUGCUUUUAUCCUGAUCGGCGCUGUAUUAUAUUGCACAGUACAAGCCCUUGGGGAAAUGGCUGUGACUUUCCCAGUCGCCGGAUCCUUCUCAGCUUUCGGUACGAGGUUCAUAGAUCCGGCUUGGGGAUUUGCGAGCGGCUGGAACUACGCAAUUCAAUGGUUAUUUGUAAUGCCAUUGGAGAUUAUGGCUGCGACUAUCACCUUGGAAUUCUGGGAUACUGGUAUUCCGGCCUGGGCUAGCAUUACCAUUUUUCUGGUCCUGAUUGUCGUGAUCAAUUUGGCACCAGUAAAAGUCUACGGUGAAGCGGAAUAUUGCUUCAGUAUCAUGAAAGUCACAGCAAUCAUUGGAUUUAUCAUACUUGGAGUGGUGAUUAACUGCGGUGGCGGUCCAGACUCUGGCUAUAUUGGUGGCAAAUAUUGGUCAAAUCCGGGAGCUUUCAACGACGGGUUCAAAGGCUUCUGCAACAUCCUCGUGACAGCAGCUUUCUCCUUUGCUGGAACCGAACUUAUCGGUCUUGCUGCAGCCGAGACUCAUAACCCAAGUAAAUCGCUACCAUCCGCCAUCAAGCAGGUCUUUUGGCGCAUUGCAAUUUUUUACAUAAUAUCAGUUGCCGUCAUCGGCCUUCUAGUACCAUACACAAGCCUCGAGCUAAUCAGCCGCAACGACGUCGACUCCAAAGCCUCCCCAUUCAUCAUCGCUAUCAAAGACGCCGGAAUUCAAGGCCUCGACUCAGUCAUGAACGCAGUAGUAAUGGUAGCCGUUCUCAGCGUAGCAAACUCCUCCAUGUACGGAGCGACUCGAACGCUCGCGGCCCUCGCCGAACAAGGACAAGCACCUAAGAUUCUCGCGUACUACGAUCGACGUGGACGGCCUCUCGUCGCCAUCCUUCUCGCUUCCUUCAUCGGACUUCUCUCAUUCCUAUACAUCACACCAAUUCAAGGCCCUGCCUUUACCUGGCUCCUCGCGUUGUCCGGUCUCUCGUCUAUCUUCACAUGGAUCUCGAUCUGCUACUCCCACAUCCAAUUCCGGCGCGCAUGGGCAGAUCAAGGAAAUCUUCUCGACGACCUAAUCUACCGCUCGCCAAUCGGUGUAACCGGGUCUUGGGUCGGUCUAGUCUCCUUGAUUCUCGUUCUCGUCGCACAAUUCUGGGUCGCAGUGGCCCCCAGUGGUGGAUUCGGUCGCGAAUCCGUCGCCGAACGUACGGCGGAUUUCUUCGAGGCGUAUCUUGCGUUCCCUGUGGUAGUGAUAUGUUAUGUGGUUUACAAGUUCUGGUAUAGGACGAAAUGGGUUAAUUUUAAGGAUAUUGAUUUGAAGACCGGGAGGAAUGAAUUUGAGAGCGAGUUGAUUAGGCAGAGAUGGAGGGAGGAUAGGAGUAUGUGGCCGAGAUGGAAGAAGGUUUAUAAGACCAUGUGUUAG